AUGAAUAUUUGCUCAAAGAGAAUUCCUAGGUUUUUAUCAAUUCUCACCUGCAUAGUGCUAUUUACCUGCUCAAUGAGUGUAAUUUACAUAUUCUCUUUGCAAAAUGACCAAGGAAACCAACUAAUUUUGAACCAAGAAGAAGAAGAAAACUUUAACAUUUUUUUAUCAACUAUAAAUCAAGAAAUUAUAAUAGAAAAUCUUAAACCAUCACUUUCACUGCUUGACAGCAAUAAGAUAUCAUCGAAAACACCAAUUGUUUCCUGGCCUUUAAUACAAUAUCCAGAGCUACCUGAUGAUGGCAAUAUUUCAUGCAUCCCAAAAUCGUUUGGGUACACUCAAGAGCAAGCUGACAAAUUAUUCGACCCAAAUCGAAGGUUUUAUAACUGUGCUGCUCGAUCUGUAUCUGCUGAUAUAAUCCGCCUUAUCAAUGAUACUUUAUAUGUAAAGUGCCUUGAAUUUCAAAAACCAGAAUAUGUUUUAGGAGGAACUCUAAAUGAUGAGGAAUUAGGGGAAAUACCGUUCAGAUCUCCAUGAAAAUUCUAUAAUGGGCCAAUCGAUUUUACAGACAUAGAGUUUGCAUUUGCAAGAUGUUCUAGGGCAAAAAAGCAAGCUAUACUUAGGAAUCGUUUUAAUAAAACAGCUUCAGAUCGAGCUUUUGAAAAAACUAAAAAAAUAGCUGAAGAGCUCGGUAUGAAAACUAAGCCUAGGCCACAAACUGUCCUUAUGAUUUUAUUUGAUUCAGUAUCUCGGCAGCAUUUCUAUAGAAAUUUAGUAAAAACAAUACAAUCGCUCAAUAAUGAAAUAAUUGACAGCCCUUUGUCUAAUAGAAUUGUUAUGUACGAUUUUAUUAUAAAUAAUGUCCAAGGAGAAAACACAAUUCCUAAUUUAGUCCCUUUACUAUAUGGCUAUAAUUUAAAUCUGCUUCAAGAAAAACUAUCAGGUUACUCAAUAGCCCAUAAAUCUCACUGACAAUAUUUUGAAGCCCUGCAAGAAGGAGCUAUCUGGAAGCAUUAUGAGAGACAUGGAUAUGUAACAAUGUUUGGGUAUGAUACAGUGUGGGAUUAUCUGUCUACCUGCACAGGCAGAAAAAUAUUAACUGAUCAUGUUGCUACUAAUUUUUGGCAUGCUGCAAGAAAAAUGUAUGGAUAUGUAGACUUUAUUGAGAGACAAAGAUGCUUUGGGCUUCAUCAUUCCCAUUGGUAUAUGCUUAAUUAUGUCAAUCAAUAUGUCAGGAAUUAUCUUGGAAAUAAUAGAUUCGGAUAUAUCCAUUUGUCACCGGCUCAUGAAAGUACAGGCACUGUUAUACGUACAGUUGAUGAUGAUCUAAGAGAUUUCUUUAUAGAUCUUUUAUAUUUCUUAUAUGAACACCCUGAAGAAGAUUUUGUCAUACAUUUAAUGUCAGACCAUGGAAAACACUCAAAGGAAUGGGACAAACAUACUGAAGGAUACAAAGAAAACCAGUUGCCUAUGCAUAUUAUGAUUACUAAUAAAGAAUUAAUUGCAAGACUAGGGUCAGACACAGACUCUAUCUUAAAACAUAAUACAAAAAGACUCGUAAGCAGAUUUGACUGAUAUAUUACUUUUAAACAUAUUGCACUAAAUCCUUAUGGAAAUUUGUUAAUAUCAUCCGAACUUUAUAAAGAGUGAAAGACACUGCCUGAUACACAAAAUGGGAUAUCUUUACUAUUAGAAAAAAUAAAUGAUGAUAGGAGCUGUGAUAAUGUCGCAAUUCCAAACUUUUUGUGCUCGUGCUUUACGUUUACUGAAAUUCCAUUAGAAAUCGCAGAAGAUGUGCCAGGAAUUAAGACUUUAAUUGAAUUUGCUUUGGAGUCAAUUAAUGAGAAUAUUAAAAAUAACAAGCAUGAAGAAUUUUGUAGAAAAGUGUCGUUUAAAGAGCUAGUGACUGCAGAAGUUCAACAACUAAAACCUCCAGAAAAAGGUGGAAAUAAGAUAUAUAGAAUUCGAAUUUCUAUAAAUGAGGAUGAAGACGCUAUUUUUGAAAUUUUUGGAUAUGCUGUUAAAUCCAAUACUAUUAUUAACUAUUUUAAGCCGAAUGAUGAUGGGCUUAAUCCUAUUACUUAUUAUAAUGAAACAGAAAAAAAACUAAUGGCACUUCAGCUGCAAGGUAUUGAAAGGGUUGAUAAUGUUAAAGCAAUUUGUGAAGAAAUCGCAAAUCAAAUUAAUUCUAAACCAGGCACAUGCAUAUGCAAACAGCCUCAAGAGCUUGAUAUUUCAGCGGCCUCUGAAAAGUGGAAAGAAGUGAUUGGGAAUUUGCUUAAUAAAUUAUCAAUUAUUGUAGGAGAAAGCCAUAGUUUAUGCUCAGAAAUUUGUGAAGCUGAAAGCCUCUCCUGUCAGGGCUGAGGAUUUCAAUUAUUUAAUAAAGCAAAUAUACUAAAAAAAAGCUGAGAUCCAAAAAAUCCGCUGAAAGUGACAUUUGAGGAAGGAAGAGUAGCAUUAUUUAACGAGCUAAAAAUAUCAAGAGAAAUUGUAGGAUCAGGAUUGGGGCUAAUACAAAAUAAUGAUGGUUUUGACCUGAUGACCUACUCUAGGAAGAAUAUAACUUGCUUUACUGUAGAAUAUGGAGUUCAACCACUGUGUCCCUGCCAGUAA